AUGUCGACUGAAGACAGUGAUAAACGUGCGCAGGAACUUAAUGACGCCCUGCUUGGGGUGCCUGGAUAUGCGGAUGACACAAUGUUCUUCGUCGCCCGCUAUGGCCACCGUCUUCAGUGUACUCUCCGCAAGGCGGAUUUCGAUACCGUAACUCAAACCACGACCGAACUGUCGAUAGCCAUGUCCAAGCCGAAUAACCAAGCGCGCGUUUCGGAGCUUCGCGCCCAGAUCAUGGAGAUUCUCAGGCCCUUUCCCGAGCUGGCUCAGGACUAUGACAGGUUUGCCGCCAGCGCGAGAUCAACUGCCGCUUCUUUCGGAGCAAGAAGGAAAUAG